AUGGAAGGAUUUGUUGCUGACUUUGGAGCAGCCAGAUUGCUUGACCCUGAUUCCUCGAACCAAACCGUUGUCGUAGGAACUUUGGGAUACAUUGCUCCAGAACUUGCAUAUAACAUCAAUGUGAACGAAAAAUGUGAUGUGUAUAGCUUUGGAGUGCUUGCACUUGAAACACUUGGAGGGAAGCAUCCCGGAGACCUUCUGUCAUUAAUAAACUAUUCUAAUGGGAAAGGUGCAACGUUGGAAAGCAUAUUUGACAAGCGACUCCCUUAUCCAACUGACGACGGACUGAUUGAAAUGGAAAUUCUCCGUGUUUAUGAUGUUGCAGUAACAUGCAUUUGCAUGGACCCAACGUCUCGUCCGACAAUGAGAAACGUGUCUUAG